AACGUACCAAAUCCUUCUCUGAUUUCAACAGUGGAACACAACUUCAGAGCUGGGAAUUGGCCAAGAAGGAAGAGAGAAUCUCAGAAUAAUAACCCUUGAACAGAACACAUUACAGAACUUAGAAGUACUUUUCGGGACAACCAUUUCUCCAAGGAGGGAAGCCCUCUAGACCCAUGUGAUCUCCUGUGAAGAACUGAGCCCACCUGCUGGUCACCCCAGCUCCCACCAUGGGACCUGCAGGAAGCGCCCUGAGCAGCGGGCAGAUGCAGAUGCAGAUGGUGCUGUGGGGAAGUCUGGCUGCGGUGGCCAUGUUCUUCCUCAUCACCUUCCUCAUCCUUCUGUGUUCCAGUUGUGACAGAGACAAGAAGCCACGGCAGCAUAGUGGAGACCAUGAGAGCCUGAUGAAUGUGCCUUCCGACAAGGAGAUGUUCAGCCAUUCAGCGACCAGCCUGACCACAGAUGCACUGGCCAGCAGUGAACAGAAUGGGGUGCUCACCAACGGCGACAUUCUUUCAGAAGACAGCACGAUGACCUGCAUGCAGCAUUAUGAGGAAGUCCAGACCUCAGCUUCAGAUCUGCUGGACUCCCAGGACAGCACAGGAAAGGCCAAGUGCCACCAGAGCCGGGAGCUGCCCAGAAUCCCGCCUGAGAACGCAGUGGACGCGAUGCUCACCGCCAGGGCUGCAGACGGGGACUCCGGGCCCGGCGUGGAGGGGCCCUACGAGGUGCUCAAGGAUAGCUCCUCCCAGGAGAACAUGGUGGAGGACUGCUUGUAUGAGACAGUGAAGGAAAUCAAGGAGGUGGCAGACAAAAGCCAGGGCGGCAAAUCCAAGUCCACUUCUGCCCUGAAGGAGCUUCAGGGGGCCCACGCGGAGGGCAAGGCCGACUUUGCUGAAUACGCCUCUGUGGACAGAAACAAAAAGUGCCGCCACAGCACAAAUGCAGAGAGCAUUCUGGGAACGUCCAGUGACCUGGAUGAGGAAACCCCACCGCCUGUCCCAGUUAAACUUCUGGAUGAGAAUGCCAACCUUCCAGAGAAGGGAGAGCGCGGGGCAGAAGAGCAAGCUCCAGAAGCACCCAGUGGACACAGCAAGAGAUUUAGUUCCUUGUCAUACAAGUCUCGGGAAGAAGACCCAACUCUUACAGAAGAGGAGAUCUCAGCGAUGUAUUCUUCAGUGAAUAAGCCUGGACAAUCGGCACACAAAGCUGGGCCGGAAUCUACCUGCCAGUGCCCGCAGGGUCCCCCUCAGAGGUCAUCAUCUUCCUGUAACGACCUCUAUGCCACUGUGAAGGACUUCGAGAAAACUCCCAACAGCAUCAGCAUGCUGCCACCAGCAAGGAGACCCGGUGAGGAACCAGAGCCUGACUAUGAAGCCAUACAGACUCUAAACAGAGAGGACGACAAGGUCCCUCUGGGGACCAAUGGCCACCUUGUCCCCAAGGAGAAUGACUACGAGAGCAUUGGGGACUUGCAGCAAGGCAGGGAUGUCACCAGGCUCUAGCAACGGAAAGAGGCUGUGAUGGACAGCUCUCAUGCUACUCUGGUUAGCUGAAGUCAAGUGCGGGCUCACAACUGUUUCCUGGUUUCUGAAACAGUAAGGUACGGACCUGCCUUCCAGGGCAGGCAACCUCCAGUGCUCCCAAGAAACCCCUGGUACCCCGACCUGCACACUCCACAGAAGAAGCCUGGCUGUGGCUGCAGGAGGUGGAG